CAUCAGGUGGCAGCACCGUCCCAGCUGCCAUCGCCGCCGCCGGUGACGAUGCUGCCGGAGAUCGAUGCGUCGUCGCCGGAGGCAUCUGCGGAGAUGCAGCGGGUGGUAAGGGAGAGGUUCCCGAACCGCUCCAGCUGGCCCGAUAUCCUCUUGGACAUCCUCCGAUUUGCGAUGUUCGAGGAGCGCGCGCGCUUUGCGGGCGACGACGGAGGGAUGGACUUUGAGUUCAUCUUCUGGGCGAUCCAGGAGGCAAAGUCGCCGGAUCCAAGGCAGGCGGCGCGGUGGGCACGCUUCAAGACGAGGAAUCCAUCAAGGCUCAACAUACGGCCCCCACCGGUGCUGCAGAUCACCACAUCCCACCGGAAGAGCUGCCGCCGGGGACCGUCCUCCCCAGAACUCCCUGAAGCAUCAACACCCCGGCGCAUGGCCCCUGCAGAGCGGCUCUGUCCUGCUUGCAGGGCGCAGAAGGAUCAGGGGCUCCACCCUUGAACCUCCACCAUGGCCAGGCGACCACGGCGAGAAGCCCCGCAACAAGGGGCGCAAAUGGAGAAGUGUGAAGUGCAUUCUUGCAAAACUAAGCAGUUUUUUACACCAAUGGAAAGUUCUCUGUAAUGAUGGGCAGGCGACUCUACUGCUACGAUGCAUCCUUCUGCUGGACAAACGGCGUGGGGAACUCCUCCGGAUUGCAUGGAGAUGAUGCUGGGAGAGACCAACUGAAAAACUGGGCGCUGGAGAUGAUGGAUCACUCCUGAAGAUCUUCCUGUCGUUCUCCUUCGUUUCUCAUUUCUGUUGGUGCUCUGUAAUAAGUAAAAGACUUCGUUUUUGCUUCUAGCCUCUAAACUGUUAU